AUGUAUCCACGUCGCCACUCUGCCUGGAUAGGGGGGAGAGGAAAGGUUCAGCGCCUUCUUUAUAUGCUAUGGGACGGAUCACGGAUACAGCUUCAUGCUCGCAAGGGUCUUUUUUCCAACAUACGAAAGAAGUACCAGUCGAUACAGUUUCAUCACGACAGCCUCGGUAGGCACUCUACACACGGAAUACAACAUGUGCUUCUUCAAGGUUACACGCCCACCAUUCAACUGAGUGAGGUAGGCAAUAAGGCCCGCGCAGCAAUCGCCUUGUCACCUAGCCAGGGACUAUGUUACUACCCGGGAAAGCUCCACGGAGGGUACCAAGCAUUUCUCCUCGACCAGCUCUUUGCCGACUGCUGUAACCAGCUCUUUGUCGACUGCUGCAACCCUCCGGUCACUGCAAGUCUGACGCUCAGUUAUCAUCAACCAGUGCCACCUGAUGCUGAGCUGUUCCUGGAAGCCUGGCCAACAAAGGUCAAUGGACGGAAGAUUGAGAUGGAGGGAUCAAUUAAGCUAAUGGACAAAGACACCGGUGACCUGGCCACAGUGGUCACAGCCUCUGCGCUAUUCAUUAUCCCUCGUCAGUAG